UUUUUUUAUAAAAAAAAAAAUUCUCAUAUAUAUAAAGAUGAAUGUUUUAAUGUUAUUCAAGAAGAAUUUGCUUCGUUUGACUUAGAUUAUGGGAUUAAUAGAGUAGACUUUCAUAUGAUUCUAGUACCAAUUUGGUAUUUCUUUAAUAUGCUAGUUUUACUCUAUUCAGUGAAUAUUUUCAUUUCAAAUAAGAAUCUCUCACAAAUUACAAUAUUAAACUUAUUCGUAUUACAUGACAUAUUGUUCAAUAUUUUUAAUUUUUUAUUAUGAAUGGAAAUGGG